AUGUUGUUGAAGCGAAUUACCGCACUAUCUCUAGCGUCUCUCUUUGUUGGCAAGGCCGCUGCCGAACUUCCCACCAUUGACGUUGUUGGGAACAAAUUUUACUACUCUACUAAUGGAUCGCAGUUUUACAUCAAAGGUGUUGCUUACCAGGCCGAUAGUGCAAAUACCACCUCGGGCGAGUCAUUCAACGAUCCUCUUGCCGAUGCUGAUAGCUGUGCUAGAGAUAUCCCUUACCUACAAGCUCUGGACACAAAUGUCAUUCGUGUUUACGCUUUGAACACAUCUCUUGAUCACACGUCCUGUAUGGAGGCUUUGGACGCAGCUGGUAUCUACGUGAUUGCUGAUUUGGCUGAGCCAUCUCUGUCAAUCAACAGAGACUCACCCUCUUGGACAGUUGAUUUGUACAAUCGUUACGUCGACGUGGUCGACUUGUUCCAUAACUACACUAAUGUGUUGGGUUUUUUUGCAGGUAACGAAGUUACCAACAAUGCUUCAAACACCGAUGCAUCUCCAUUCGUGAAAGCCGCCAUCAGAGAUGUCAAGAAGUACAUCUCCGACAAAGGCUACAGAAGUAUUCCAGUUGGUUACUCUUCUAACGACGAUGAACACACCAGGGUUCCAAUGGCUGAUUACUUUGCAUGUGGUGAUGAGGAUGUUAAGGCUGAUUUCUAUGGUAUCAACAUGUAUGAAUGGUGUGGCUCUUCAUCAUUCACCGCUUCUGGAUAUGCAGACAGAACCAAGGAAUUUUCAAACUUGAGUAUUCCAGCUUUCUUUUCCGAAUAUGGUUGUAACGAAGUUCAACCAAGAAAGUUCGAGGAAGUCUCCGCUUUAUAUGGUAGUAAUAUGACUAGUGUCUGGUCCGGUGGUAUCGUUUACAUGUACUUUGAGGAAACCAAUAAAUACGGUUUGGUGAGCGUCGUUAAUGAUAAGGUGUCAACCCUCGCUGAUUACAGCUACUAUUCUAGCGAAAUUCACAAUAUCUCUCCAAGCUCGGCAUCCAUCAACACUGCCUCCACAUCUAGCACAUCUUCCCUAGCAUGCCCAGCUACCGGCUCAUACUGGAAGGCUGCCACGGCUCUUCCACCAACUCCUAAUGACUCCCUCUGUUCUUGUAUGUCCAGCUCUUUGAACUGUGUUGUCUCGAGUGACGUCGACUCAGAUGACUACGAGACGUUGUUCGAUUACGUUUGUGGUAUCGUUUCUUGUGAUGGUAUCACUGCAAAUGGUACUUCAGGUGAGUAUGGUGCGUACUCCUUCUGCUCUCCAGAAGAACAAUUGUCCUUUGUUUUGAACUUGUACUAUGAAGCUCAAGGUAGCAGCAGCUCCGCAUGUGAUUUCAGUGGUUCCGCCUCCUUGCAAUCUGCAACGACCAAGUCCUCUUGUUCUUCGGUCCUAAGUGCUAUCGGAUCCGAAGGAACCGGCUCCGCCAGCGGUAUCUCCUCCUUCACCGUCAGCUCGUCAGGCAGCGGUUCCUCCACCAGCUCCGCGAGCUCUGCUUCUUCCAGCGGCAACUCCACGUCCAGCACCAAGAAGAGCGGUGCAGCCGUCGGAUCUUCUGCUAGUUUAAGCCACAUUUUCAUGUCAGCCUUCGUUACAAUUGCUGCCACCGCUGGUCUUGGUUUUGUCUUUGCUUAG